CGCUAAGUGAGUUAGGUAGUCCGACCAGGUGCAGCGUACGUUCGCUGCGCAGACCCGACCCGUAGCGAGCGUGGCAGUGCAGCCACCGCGGCGCCAUGACGACAGCACACAGACCGACAUGGAAUGCGGCGAUCGCCAGCAAUAGCAACCCGGGGGGCAACAUGAUGGUUGCUCAGACGACGAAGAUCAACAAUCGCGAUGCUGCAACAUUCAAGAAGAUGAAGUUCAGACAGGCUGGUCAAGGUCUUCUCGAGGAGCGAGCUUCCAGAGCAGACAUGACGGAGGACCUUGAGAGAAGAGAAAGGGCUGCCAAAGACGAGCGAGAAGGAAAAGUGAAGGAGAAAAAGAAACCGUCUUUGGAGGACAAUCCAUUUCCCGAGGAUGCUGAUGAAGAGCUACUGAGCGAGGAGGAGACUAUCUCCCAGUAGCCUCCUGAGAUGACGAUGACGACGACGAUGAUGAUGCAGAAGAACUGCUGCGUGAACUUGCAAAGAUCAAGAAGGAGAGAGAGGAGGAGGAAGAGGCUAAGAAGGCACUACAAGCCAAGCAGGACAGAAGAGCUCAAAGGGAAGAGGUGAUGAAAGGGAACCCUCUCCUAGCAGACGGUGCAGAUGUAUCGCUCAAGAGGAGGGGGCGAUGGGAUGAUGACACCGUUUUCAAGAAUCAGGCGAGGACUGCUCCAAAAGUGAAGCAGAGAUACAUCAACGAUGCCGUUCGAAGCGAUUUCCACAAGAAAUUUCUCAGCAAAUAUGUCUGGGUGGACGGGGUGGCUCACUGAGUGCGUUUCAUCUGCCAAUGACAAUCGGGCGGUUUCGCCUUCGCCGGGCGAAAGAAGAUGCGCGGAAGAACGCGCCGCAAAA